AGUUCCCACAGUGUUCCAGGGAGAGUGAACCGGGAGAGUGCACAGGGAGAGUGUACAGGGAGAGAGUGUACAGGGAGAGUGUGUACAGGGAGAGUGUGAAGGGAGGGUGAAGCCUUUAGCGGGGAUUGCGUUCGUGGGAGCAGUGCUGGUUCUCGGGGCAGAAUGUCUGGGAGCCGACCACAGCAGGACCUGGCGCUCAUUAAGGAGCUGGAGAAAGCCUUGGAUUCCUGCGCGCUGGAGCUGUCGCCCGUAGACGAGGUCUGGCCCAACUUGUACAUAGGCAAUGUAGCCAUCGCUCAGAACCGAGGCGGGUUGCGUAAGCUGGGCAUCACGCAUGUCCUGAACGCAGCCCACUCCAAGCAGGGCAGCUUAGGGGACCAGGAGUACUAUGGCAGCAGCGUUGUGUACUGGGGCGUCCCGGCAGAGGACUCCGACCAUUUUGACCUCAGUCAGCACUUCAAACCCGCCGCAGACUUCAUACACAAGGCCCUGAAGAGCAAAGAUGGGAAGGUCUUGGUGCAUUGCAUCAUGGGUAUAAGCCGCUCAGCCACAUUGGUGCUGGCGUUUCUGAUGCUGAGGCGGCGUCUCUCCCUCGCCGACGCCGUGAAUCAUGUGAUCCAGAGCCGAGCCAUCUACCCCAACAGGAACUUCCUGUCUCUGCUGCUCCACCUGGACCAAGAGCUGGCCUCCAAGAGGAACAUUACACAAUCAUUUAGCCAUAUUGCGGUAGACGGUCAAAGGUUCUGGUGGUCGCAGACGGCGAGAAUCAUGUCUUCUUGCGUGGGGGUGAAGCCGCGCUGCGGGGGUAACCCGUACAAAUCCGUGCGUGUGGACCCCAACAGCGACUACAUCACGCCCGGGACGCUGGACCUGGAGCAGAUGUUUUGGGCGGGCGCCGGAGCCCAGUACACACACGUCAACGAAGUUUGGCCCGGUAUCUACAUAGGAGAUGAGAAAACAGCCUUGGAGCGAGCUGCUCUGAAGAGCAUGGGCAUCACGCACAUCCUGAACGCAGCGGAAGGCAAGUGGAACAAUGUAUCGACCGGCGCCGACUACUACCGAGACGACAUGGACAUCCAAUACUACGGGCUGGAUGCCGACGACAAGCCCACCUUCAACAUCGCCCAGUUCUUCUGUCCUGCCAGCCUCUUCAUCCACGGCGCUGUUCAGGAUCCACAGAGCAAGGUGCUGGUCCAUUGUGUAAUGGGGCGGAGUCGGUCAGCAUCGUUGGUCCUGGCGUACCUGAUGAUGGAGCAAGGCCUGAGCGUGGUGGGUGCCAUUGAGCACGUGCGCCAGCGGCGUUGCAUUCUGCCCAAUCACGGCUUCCUGAGGCAGCUGAGAGCGCUGGACAUUGCCUUGCAGUUGGAGAGGCUCAGUGAAAAGAAGACGCCAGACCGAUAACUUUCCAUGGGUUUAAUAUUGUCGACACCAUUUCCAACUGCAGGGACAAUUUGUUUGCAUGUCGUUAUAAUUAGAUAAUAAUUAGAUUCAAUUGAACCCUGACCAGAAAAAAAACCCUCAUGAUCCAACAGAAAUGUGAUUUUUUUAAGUUUAGGAUUUUAACAGCCUACCAUUUAAAAACUGCAGAAACAAAUGU